AUGAGAGGUGACCAGACCCCAGUGGCCACCAUUGCCAGGCUGGAAGAGGAGACCGCUAAAAUUUUUGCCAGUGGGCUCGCGCCAUGGCAGAAGUUGGACGCGGUCAGGACAUUCGUAGUCCCCCAGCUGGACUUCAACCUCAGGACGGCGAGGAUCAAAAAGACCGCCUUAAAGGGGUUGGACUCUUUGAUGAGGGCGGCGGAAGGCAAGAGGACCCUCGGUCUCCCCUCGCGAGCCAGCGUGGAGCUGGUCGAGCUCCCACCAUCGUGGGGCGGCGCGGGACUGCUUCCGAUUUCCGACCAAGCCGACUUAGCCGCAGUGGGGCAUGCGUUCCGGCUCCUGAUAUCCCCCGACCCGAAAAUCUCCCGUCUUGCCCUGGAGGGCCUGGCCGUAUCUACUGGUCAUCGCUCUGCCGCCCGGACCAGCGUGGAACGACUCGUCGACUACCUCAACGGGGACGCGACGGGGAAUUCCAAUGUCGCCACUACCUUCUCUGCGGCCCGGACGGCGAGAAACCGCCUCUCCAAGCGUCUGCCUACGCUCCGGUGGGGUGGAUGUGAGGAGCGGCGGACAUUCCAGCUGACGAUGCCUGGUACGGGACGGCCAAUCACCGUGGACGGGAGGAGCCGGAGGUCCUUGGCGUCGGCACUGCGGCGAGCACUGCAGCUCCACGGCCGGGCUACCCUUGCCGCGAAGCCGGACCAAGGCAGGGUGGCUCGAGUCGUGUCGACGUGCCCCACCUCCAAUCACAUGAUGCGUGGAGGACCACACACCCGUUUCGCCGACUGGCGGUUCAUUCACCGGGCACGGCUGAACACCUUGCCGCUGAACGGGUGCCGGAGGUGGGAGGUGGGCAAUGAAGACCGCCGUUGCAGAAGAUGCGGAAGAUUCGAUGAGACGACUGCCCACGUGCUGUGUCAUUGCCUGUCAAUGACGCCCGCCAUCACAAGAAGGCACGAUGCCAUCCUGGAGCUGCUGUCAUUAGAGAUCCAUGGGCACCCUCGGGAGAUGGAGACUCGACUCGACAAGAGGGUGCCUUUCCAGGAGCUCGUGCCGGACGUGGAGGUCCCGGAGGAGGUGGCUAGCUGCCGACCGGACAUCGUGACGAUCGACCGGAGGAACAAGAGUGUACGUGUAGUCGACGUCACGGUGCCCUAUGAAGACGGUUGGGCAGUCGGUGACGACGGCCAGGGAGAAGAAGAUGGAGAAGUACGCUCCUGUGGCGCGACUGCUCUCGGCUGGGGGCUACCGGACAAACCGUUAAGAUGCCUUCGUGGUGGGGUCCUUAGGCGCCUGGGAUUCCGCCAACUGGACCACCCUCAGCCGCCUGGGAGUUGA